AUGUAUGUGAAGCAGAUUAUCAUCCAAGGCUUCAAGAGCUACAAGGACCAAACGGUCAUCGAGCCCUUUUCGCCCAAGCACAAUGUCAUUGUCGGUCGCAAUGGUUCUGGCAAAAGUAACUUCUUUGCGGCCAUUCGGUUCGUCCUAAGCGAUGCCUACACUCACCUCGGCAGAGAGGAGCGGCAGGCUCUCUUGCACGAAGGUUCAGGCUCGGCCGUGAUGUCGGCCUACGUUGAGAUCAUCUUCGACAACUCGGACGACCGAUUCCCCACCGGCAAGCCGGAGCUUGUUCUCCGCCGUACAAUUGGUAUCAAGAAGGAUGAAUACACCCUUGAUCGCAAGAAUGCGACAAAGAACGACGUCAUGAACCUCCUCGAGUCCGCCGGUUUCUCGCGAUCGAAUCCUUACUACAUCGUGCCUCAGGGCCGAGUAACAGCCUUGACAAAUAUGAAAGAUUCCGAGCGUCUAGUGCUCUUGAAGGAAGUGGCCGGUACCCAGGUUUACGAAGCGCGUCGUGCGGAGUCCCUCAAGAUCAUGCAGGAAACGAACAGCAAGCGUGCAAAGAUCGACGAAUUGCUAGACUAUAUCAAUGAGCGCUUGGCCGAACUCGAAGAGGAGAAGGAUGAAUUGCGCAACUACCAAGAGAAAGACAAGGAACGCCGAUGCCUCGAGUAUACCAUCUAUUCCCGCGAGCAGCACGAAAUUGCGAAUGUUCUCGAGAAUCUUGAGGAACAACGGCAGAAUGGAGUUGAGGAUGCGGAUAACAAUCGGGACCAGUUUGUCGAGGGCGAGAAGGCCAUGGCUCAGAUCGAUGCCGAGAUUGCUGAGUAUCGCCAGCAAAUUGAGUUCUUGAAAGUGGACAAGGCUCAACUGGAGGAUGAGCGCCGGGAGGCUUCCAAGUCAUUGGCGCAAAUCGAACUUCGUGCUAAGGCUCUUUCAGACAACCAGGCUGCUGCGCAGGCACUGAAGUCACGACACGAUAACGAUCUCAACGCCGUGCAGACUGCCAUUCAGGAGCGCGAAGAGGAACUCGAAGACCUCCUUCCUCAAUUCAAUGCCUCCAAGGACGAGGAAGAUGAUGUCAAGGCCCGUUUGACUGAAGCAGAGACGUCCCGUCAGCGCUUGUAUGCUAAACAAGGCCGUAACUCACGCUUUAGGAAUAAGUCGGAGCGCGACAAGUGGCUGCAAAUGGAGAUUCGCGAGACCCACAGAUCCAUUGCCAAUGUGCAAGGCGUUGUCACUCAGACUCAAGAAGAUAUUCAGGAGCUCGAAAAGGAGAUUGCCCUGCUCGAGCCGGAAACUGAGCGCCUACGGAAACAGAUUGACGGCCGUGGCGAUACGAUGCACUCUGUGGAUCAAGAAAUUCAGAACGCCAAGGACGAGCGAGACCGACUAAUGGAUCAGAGAAAGGAACUCUGGAGAGAAGAAGCCAAACUCGAUUCCGUCCUUUCUAGUGCUUCUCAAGAGAUGGACCGUGCGGAGCGUAGCCUUUCUCAGAUGAUGGACAACAAUACCAGCCGCGGUCUGGCCGCUGUCCGACGAAUCAAGCGUCAACAUAACCUCGACGGUGUUUAUGGUACCUUGGCCGAGCUCUUCGAUGUCAGCGACAGGUAUCGUACCGCUGUCGAGGUGACUGCUGGACAAAGCUUGUUCCACUACGUCGUCGAUAACGACGAGACUGCGACCAAGGUAUUGGAGCUUUUGCAAAAGGAGAAAGCGGGUCGUGUUACAUUCAUGCCGUUGAACCGUCUGCGGUCUAAGCCUUUGAACAUGCCUCGCGCCAGUGACACGAUCCCCAUGCUCGACAAGCUUCAGUUCGACCCCGCUUACGAAAGAGCUUUCCAGCAUGUAUUUGGCAAGACCAUUAUUUGUCCCAACUUGCAGGUCGCUGCACAGUACGCCCGAAGCCACGGUGUCAAUGCCAUCACUCCCGAGGGUGAUCGGUCCGACAAGCGUGGUGCUUUGACUGGUGGUUAUCAUGAUGCACGCCAGUCGCGACUGGAUGCUGUGAAGAACGUGGGCAAGUGGAGAGAUGAAUACGAGUCUAAGCGCAACCGUGGAACUGAGAUCCGCAAGGAGCUCGAGAAGCUCGACCAGCUGAUCACAAAGGCAGUCGGUGAGCUCCAGAAGCUUGAGCAGCAAAAGCACCAAGUGCAGAACAGCAGCGGUCCUUUGCGACAAGAGCUCCGGAGCAAGCGUGACCUCCUACAGAAGAAGACUGAUAGCCUUGACGCUAAGCGCCGUGCACUUCGCAAUGUUGAGUCCAACCUGGCGGCUCUCAAUGAUCAGGUCAAUGCUUUCCAGGGUGAAAUGUCGUCACCCUUCCAGAAAGCCUUGACGAACGACGAGGAGGCUCACCUGGAGACGUUGAGUGGAACGGUGCAGGAACUUCGAAGAAAGUACCAGGAACUGUCGAGCCAGCGAAGCGAGUUGGAGGCCCGCAAGUCCGUGUUGGAAGUUGAGCUGCGUGAGAAUCUGAACCCUCGUCUCGAUCAACUACAAAACCGAGAUGUGGAUAUGGCCGAGGAGGAAGUCCAAGGCAACCUGAAGGAGACACAGCGGGAACAGAAGCGUCUUAGCAAGGCCCUGGAGAAGCUCAAUGGUCGCCUGAAGGAAGUGGACUCCUCCAUCGAGGAGGCUACCACCAAGGUUGCCGAUUUGCAACAGCGCAAUGCCGAUACCCGACGAGAGAUGGAAGACCUAGCCCGGUCUAUCGAGAAACAUCAGAGACGUAUGGAGAAGAGCAUGCAGAAGAAGGCCGCUCUCACCAAACAGGCUGCAGAGUGUGCUGCCAACAUCCGCGAUCUUGGUGUGCUUCCCGAUGAGGCAUUCACCAAGUAUAAAAACACCGACUCCAAUGCCGUUGUCAAGAAGCUCCACAAGACCAAUGAGGCAUUGAAGAAAUAUUCUCAUGUCAACAAGAAGGCCUUUGAGCAGUACAACAGCUUUACGAAGCAACGCGAGACGCUGACCACCCGCCGUGAGGAGCUGGAUGCCUCUCAGAAGUCCAUCGAUGACCUGAUCUCAGUUCUGGACCAGCGUAAGGAUGAGGCGAUUGAGCGAACCUUCAAGCAGGUGUCCCGCGAGUUUGCCAAUGUCUUUGAGAGGCUGGUCCCCGCUGGUCGUGGCCGCUUGGUGAUUCAGCGCAAGACUGACCGCACCGCUCGUGCUGAGGAUGACCUUGACUCGGAGGACGAGGAGGCCCGACAGAGUGUGGAGAACUAUGUCGGUGUCGGCAUCAGUGUCAGCUUCAAUAGCAAACACGACGACCAGCAGCGCAUUCAGCAGCUAAGUGGUGGCCAGAAGAGUCUGUGUGCCCUCGCUCUGGUCUUCGCCAUCCAAGCAUGUGACCCGGCACCUUUCUACCUAUUCGAUGAGAUCGACGCCAAUCUGGAUGCACAGUACCGAACGGCAGUGGCGCAGAUGCUCAAGUCGAUCUCGGACUCGACCAAUGGACAAUUCAUCUGCACCACCUUCCGACCGGAGAUGCUUCAUGUGGCAGAGAAGUGCUACGGCGUGAGCUUCAGCCAAAAGGCCAGUACGAUCGACGUGGUAUCGCGCGAGGAGGCGUUGAAGUUUGUGGAGGGACAGAAGGCGUGA